ACCGCGUCUUCCCCCAUUUCUUUUCAAAAUUUAAAUCCCCUCCUCCUCGUCCGCCCUUUUCCUCUCCGCCCCCUCAAACCCUAACCCUAACCCUAACCCUAAAACUCUCUCUGCGAUCGGAUCUCGUCGCCAUGGGCGGAUCACACAGCCGCGAGGGUUUGGAGCUCUCCGACUCCGAGGAGGAGGAGGGGGAGGAGGAGGAAGAAGAGCACAGCCGUGAAUACGCCGACGCCGAGAACGAGGAAGGAGACGACGCGUCGAGCUCCGAUCGGAGCCGUCCCAAAACCCUCAACACCAAUCCUGCCACCGCCACAACUCCUUCCUCCAUCGACGCCCUCGAUCGCAAGCUCCGAUCCCUCCAGCUCAAGUACUCCAGAUCCUCCCCUCCUCCUCUUUCCUCCGCCCAGACCCCCAACCCUAACCUUAACCCUAGUUCGAUCAAUUCGGUGAAGCUCUACCUCCACAUCGGCGGGAGCUCCCCCUCCGCCCGCUGGAUCACCUCCGAGAAGCUCACCUCCUUCUCCUUCCGCCGCUCCCCCGAUCCCUCCUCGGGAUCCGAGGACGACUACUCUCCCGCCGCCUCCGGCGCCAGCGCCGGUGCGCCGUGGUUCUUGGUGGUCGGAUCCAAGAUCCGCGCCCGGGUGGGGCCGGAGCUACAGCUGAAGGCGUUCCCGGAUCAGCGGCGCGUCGACUUCGUCGCAGACGGCGUCUGGGCCCUCAAAUUCCUCAAUCCCGAUGGUUACCGUCGUUUCUACAAGCAGUAUCAGGAUUGCCUCUUCGAGAACACCUACGGUUUCGAUGCUACAGAUGAUAACCGUUUGAAGGUCUAUGGCAAGGAUUUCAUGGGCUGGGCGCAGCCGGAUGUUGCCGACGAUUCCAUAUGGGAGGACGCGGAAGAGAGCUUCCUAAAAAGCCCUAAGCCCGUUGCGACGCCAUCUAGGGCGAGCCAGGAUCUGUUAGAGGAGUUUGAGGAAGCCGUCGACGAGGGUGGAAUCCAAAGUCUCGCGCUCGGUGCGCUGGAAAACAGCUUCCUGGUAAGCAAUUCCGGAAUCCAGGUAGUCAAGAAUUUCAGCCACGGGAUCCACGGAAAGGGGGUUUCGGUGAGGUAUUCCGGUAACGGGAACAAACCGGGAGUCUUCUCGACUCCAAAGAAGGCUCUUUUGAUGAAGGCCGAGACCAAUAUGCUGUUGAUGAGCCCUGUGAACGAGGGGAAGCCCCACACGACGGGUGUGCACCAGCUCGAUAUCGAGACCGGGAAGGUGGUGACAGCGUGGAAGUUUGAGAAGGACGGGACCGACAUUACGAUGAGAGAUAUCACCAAUGACAACAAGGGAUCGCAGCUGGACCCUACGGAGUCGACAUUCUUGGGUUUAGAUGACAACAGGUUGUGCCGCUGGGAUAUGAGGGAUAGGAGAGGGAUUGUUCAGAAUCUUGCUAACUCCAUGGAAUCCCCUGUGCUGGAAUGGACACAGGGGCACCAGUUUACUAGGGGGACUAAUUUUCAGUGCUUUGCAACGACCGGUGAUGGGUCUAUUGUGGUCGGGUCAUUAGACGGGAAGAUUCGAUUGUAUUCAAAGAACUCGAUGAGGAUGGCAAAGACAGCUUUUCCGGGAUUAGGGUCUCCGAUCACCCACGUGGAUGUGACAUUCGAUGGAAAGUGGAUUUUGGGCACGACAGAUACUUACCUGAUCUUGAUAUCCACUGUUUUUAAGGACAAGGAUGGGAAGGAGAAGAAUGGGUUUAGCGGGCGGAUGGGCAACAAGAUCGCAGCACCAAGGUUGCUGAAGCUUACGCCUUUGGACUCGCACCUUGCUGGAGCAAACAAUAAGUUCCAUGGUGGGCAAUUCUCAUGGGUCACCGAGAACGGGAAGCAGGAGAGGCAUCUGGUGGCGACUGUGGGGAAGUUCAGCAUCAUAUGGAACUUCAUGCAGGUGAAGAACAGCGGCCACGAGUGUUAUCGGAACCAGCAGGGGCUGAAGAGCUGCUACUGCUACAAGAUCGUCCCCAAGGACGAGUCCAUCGUCGACAGCCGCUUCAUGCACGACAAGUUCGCGGUGAGCGACUCCCCGGAGGCCCCUCUCGUGGUUGCGACACCCAUGAAGGUCAGUUCCUUCAGUAUAUCUAGUCGCCGCUAGCUAGGUUUUCACGUAUUUUCGGUGCAGGAGAUUGAGUAGGAAUGUUGGGGGUUUGUUGUGAUGUAUUUGUAAUAUGUUUUUAACCUUUGUGCUAGUGUGUUGAUCUCGUCUUCUAUUGGAAACCUUUGUGUUACUGUUUUAAAAAAAUUUACAUUUUCUCAAAAAAAUAUGAAAACAUUGUAGAUA